AACUACUUCCAUUUCUUCCUACCUCGAAGACAUUACCUAUUUAUACACUAAAUUACCAUACUGCCUUGAUUACUACUAAGCAAACACAAGAGCACCCAAGAUGAAUAGUCCAUCUUUUGCUUGCUACUUUGUCUUUCUAUCAGUGAUCUUCUGUUUCUGCACGAAAAUCUCCUUAGCGGAUUCCGAUAAUCUCCAGGACACAUGCCCUACAUCCCCGCUAGCAAAACAAACCAUCUUCAUCAAUGGCUUCCCCUGCAAGAAUCCAAACGACAUCAGCGCCCCAGAUUUCAAGACUACCCAACUGACCCAACCGGGCGACACAGACAACUUCUCUGGCUCUGCAGUAACCAUUGUCACUGCUGCAGAGUUUCCAGGCUUAAACACUCUUGGCCUCUCAAUUGCAAGAACUGACUUGAGAGUUGAUGGUCUGGUGAGGCUCCACUCCCACCCAAGAGCUACGGAAAUGUUCUUUGUCAGCAAAGGCCUCGUGCUAGUGGGGUUCAUCGACACAUCAAACCAGCCAUUUGGGACGUUUCUUAAGGAAGGAGACGUGUUCGUGUUCCCCAGGGGCCUGCUUCACUUUUGUUUGAAUCUUGGCUAUGGCAGUGCCACUGGUUUAUCGGUGUAUAAUAGCCAGAAUCCAGGGGCGGUGACCAUGUCUGAUGCCAUGUUUGAGCCUACGCCAGAUGUGAUAAAGAAGCUUACAAAAGGGUUUGUCACUGGUCACCUUAGAAAUGCUACUUUAAGCGGAAUUUCAAGUUUUUAACAUGCAGUAAUUCAGAAUUAUCAUAUUUGAAGAUAAAUAGUUGUGUGUGUAUUAUAACUAGUUGAUGAUUGCAUACUGUGUCGAUAGUGUGAAGCGUGAUCAGUGUGAUGAGUUUGUGGGCUAAGAGCAAAAGUGGUCAUAAAUUAAGCCCCAUAUAUGGCUUAAUUUAUGAUUUUACUUGGUGGCCUAUUUAUUUCAUAGCAGAUUAUUGUAAAUUGUACUUUUGAUCCUCAAACGGUCAUAGGCCCAUACAAUGUAUUGUAUAAUUAUCCUAUUUUA